GUUCCCUUUUCAGUUUUCUUGCUAUUAGGGCUGUUUUGGCUAUAUUGAGAAUGGCUGCUAUGCACAUUCUUUUAUAAGUCUCUUUUUGUGGACAUAAAGUUUCAUUCUUGAAUAUAUAUCUAGGAGUGGAAUUGUUGUAAUACAGGGUAGAUAUAUGUUUAACUUUAGGAACUUGAUGGUUUUCCAGAGGUGCUGUAGCAUUUUACAGUCACAUCAGCAUGUGGUAGCCUGAAUAUCAAUUAAGCAUCUUGAGGUGUCGAAAUUAUCGUGGAAUAUCUGGAUGAGCCCUAAAUGUAAUCACAAGAGGUGGUAGAGAUUUGACUACAGAAGGAGAAGGCAAUGUGACAAUGGAAGCAGAGAUGGGAGUGAUGUUCUUUGAAGAUGGAGAGAAAUGGGGCACACGCCAAGGAAUACAGGAGGCAACUAGAAGCUGAAAAAGUUGAGGAAAUGAAUUCUCCCUUCAGACUCUUCAGAAGAAACCAGUCCUGAGGAUACGUUGACUUUCUUUAAUCCAUUGAAACUCAUUUAGGUUAGAUAAAGGAGGAUAUUUCCCUAGUGUGGAUUGCUGCCUUUGGUAAGAGUAUGUCGUCCAUCUUGCCAUUCACUCCACCAGUUGUGAAAAGACUGCUGGGAUGGAAGAAAUCAGCUGGUGGGUCUGGAGGAGCAGGUGGAGGAGAGCAGAACGGACAGGAAGAAAAGUGGUGUGAGAAAGCAGUUAAAAGUCUGGUGAAGAAGCUAAAGAAAACAGGACGAUUAGAUGAGCUUGAGAAAGCCAUCACCACUCAAAAUUGUAAUACUAAAUGUGUCACCAUACCAAGCACUUGCUCUGAAAUUUGGGGACUGAGUACACCAAAUACGAUAGAUCAGUGGGAUACAACAGGCCUUUACAGCUUCUCUGAACAAACCAGGUCUCUUGAUGGUCGCCUUCAGGUAUCUCACCGGAAAGGGCUGCCACACGUUAUAUAUUGCCGAUUAUGGCGCUGGCCUGAUCUUCACAGUCAUCAUGAACUCAAAGCAAUUGAAAACUGCGAAUAUGCUUUUAAUCUUAAAAAGGAUGAAGUAUGUGUAAACCCUUACCACUACCAGAGAGUUGAGACACCAGUUUUGCCUCCUGUGUUAGUGCCACGGCACACUGAGAUCCUCACAGAACUACCGCCUCUGGAUGAUUAUACCCACUCCAUUCCAGAAAACACUAACUUCCCAGCAGGAAUUGAGCCACAGAGUAAUUACAUCCCAGAAACGCCACCUCCUGGAUAUAUCAGUGAAGAUGGAGAAACAAGUGAUCAACAGUUGAACCAAAGUAUGGAUACAGGAUCUCCAGCAGAACUAUCUCCUACUACUCUUUCCCCUGUUAAUCAUAGUCUGGAUUUGCAGCCAGUCACUUACUCAGAACCUGCAUUUUGGUGUUCAAUAGCCUAUUAUGAAUUAAACCAGAGGGUUGGAGAGACCUUCCAUGCAUCCCAGCCCUCACUCACUGUAGACGGCUUCACAGAUCCAUCAAAUUCAGAGAGGUUCUGCUUAGGCUUACUCUCCAACGUCAACCGAAAUGCUACAGUAGAAAUGACAAGAAGACAUAUAGGAAGAGGAGUGCGCUUAUAUUACAUAGGUGGGGAAGUUUUUGCUGAGUGCCUAAGUGAUAGUGCAAUCUUUGUGCAGAGCCCCAAUUGUAAUCAGAGAUACGGCUGGCACCCUGCAACAGUGUGUAAAAUUCCACCAGGCUGUAAUCUGAAGAUCUUCAACAACCAGGAAUUUGCUGCUCUUCUGGCUCAGUCUGUUAAUCAGGGGUUUGAAGCCGUGUAUCAGCUAACUAGAAUGUGCACCAUAAGAAUGAGUUUUGUGAAAGGGUGGGGAGCAGAAUACCGAAGGCAAACAGUAACGAGCACUCCUUGCUGGAUUGAACUUCAUCUGAAUGGACCUCUACAGUGGUUGGACAAAGUAUUAACUCAGAUGGGAUCCCCUUCAGUGCGUUGCUCAAGCAUGUCAUAAAGCUUCGUCACCAAUCAAGUCCCAUCAAAAGACUUAAUGUAACAACUCUUCUGUCAUAGUAUUUGUGUGUGGUCCCCAUGGACUGUUUGUAUCCAAAAAUUCAACUGAGAAAGCAGCACUUGAGGUCUCAACAAUUAAAGCACCUUGUGGAAUCGGUUUCCUAUAUUCGAAUACUAGAUGGGAAAAUUAGUGUCUAGAAAUACCCUUCCAUAAAGGAGGAAGAGAAGAUUUUAAAGACUUACUGAUGUCUUACUGGGCAUAAAAUUGAGUGUCCCAAAGGUUUAUUAAUAACAGUAGUAGUUAUGUGUACAGGUAAUGUAUCAUGAUCCAGUAUCACAGUAUUGUGCUGUUUAUAUACAUUUUUAGUUUGCAUAAAUUAGGUGUGUGUGUGCUGCUUCUUGAUUUAGGCAAGCCUUUAUAAAGUUACAGUACCUAAUCUAUUCCCACUUCUCCGUUAUUUUUGUGUGUCUUUUUUAAUAUAUAAUAUAUAUAUUAAGAUUUUCAAAUUAUCAUUAGGAGCAGAUUUCCCUUGUAGAAAAACUAAUUUUUCUGCCUUUUACCAAAAAUAAACUCUUGGGGGAAGAAAAGUGGAUUAACUUUUGAAAUCCUUGACCUUAAUGUGUUCAGUGGGUCUUAAACAUUUAUUCUUGUUGGUUUGUUUGUUUACUGCUAAAUCUCAUUAUAAGGAAGCCUUGCAGAAAAUCUUUCUAAACCUCUUCUCUGUUCCUACUUUUGUCCUGAUACCAAAAUAGCAUAGCAUGACAUCCAUCGCCAGUGAUGGUUGCACUGAUAGUACCAGCACUGGUCACUUCUGGGGUACAGUAAAAAUUCAUAUGGAGUAAGUUGCUUUGUCUUACACCACAUUUCAACAAAUAAUACUUGACUUGUGUGACCUAGCAGUCUAUUGAUUUAUCCUUACACCUCAUAAAAAAUGCACAGGUGGCAGUAUAAUUAUUUUCAGGGAUAUGCUACAAUUAUUUCAGUAUAUUUAUCCUUUUUUAAAAGCCAAUCUAUAGAUGUAAACACUCUUUUUAAAAAGAUAUUUUAAAUAUUUCAAUAGCAGACCUAGUGCUCUUUGAUUUUAGUUUCACUUGAUUUAGUUACCAGAUUGUUUUAUGAAUGGACCUUUUGUAAAUGUAAUUGCUCCUGCAAAAUACCUAGAAAAGUGAUGCUGAGGUAUGGUCAGCAGAUAAGGGCCAUCUGUUUUUAAAGUUUGUUGUAUUCAACUUAUAAAAUCUCUUAUUUUACAUAAUUAUUCAUCUAGAAGUUUAAAAAUCUGGGGAGAAGCAGUUUAGCAACUUUUUUAGCUUAUAAUUACCUACAGUCUGAGCUGUUCUUAACUAAUCCUGAAUAUAUGGUUGCUAUUAGAACUGACCACAUUUUAUGCUCUGCAGUGAGAGUCCAGAAGCUGUGUGGGUAGUCCAUUCUGCAGCAAGUAACGCUUAAGUCUAAUAUUAAGUCAUUGCUGUUUAAACAUUUUGUUUGCAUCUCGAUAGAAAUGAAAAAUAACCACUCCUGGUGUCCCCUUCUAGUAAGUUUUUAUAUUUUUAAAAUAAAUAUCUUAGGUACUUGUUCUUUGAAAACAUAAUCACCUGUUUCUACAGGUGUCAUUUUCAGUACUUUCAGCAUUUGGUUGUUUUCUGUUAAGUAUUCCUCACUUUCCAAUAUUUGUGUGUACAUGUAUGUGUUCUUGUAAACUUGUAGUGUUUUUUUACUUAUUUAACAAGUAUUUACUGCUCACCUGUUAUAUGUGCAAGGAACUUUCUUAGCCUUUGGGUUAAGGUGAACAAGACAGUAUCUUCUUUGCUGAAACAACAGUUGCUAUAACUCUUUAUCGGCUUCUUUGUCUGUGAAGGAAAUAAAUAGGGUGACAGAGCAUAAGAGAGUGAAGGCUUCUCUAAGGAGGUGUUGCUUGAGCUAACACUGGGCGUGAGAAGGAGCAAGCUGCAUGGAGAGCCAGCGAGACAGGCAUUCCCAACAAAGAGAAGGCACCCAUGCAAAGGCUCAUUUUAGAGGGAACUCAUUCUGGGUAUGAAUGCUUUAUAUGAACACCUCUACGCAGAUCCAAACUUGAGAAUUAGAAUGGUUCUACAACUUGUAAUAGUCAAAGGUGGCCUUAUUUUGUGAUAGACUGCUUCUUAUGUCAUUCUCAGUGAUAUUUCUUCAAGCUCUUGCUGUAAAGUGUGUCAUUUGCACAGUCAGUACCAUUUAACAACCCCUUCUUCAGAUCUGCCUUGGGCAAGUUUUCACUAUUGUAGUGUCUGGCUGCUCACCUCCAGACUUCCCGCUGCCCGCUAAUUACUACUUCUACGGUGCAUCUUGUGAUUUGUGUAAAUGUCCCAGUUAUUACCACUGUCAGGUCUGCUGGAGAUAACCAGGGGAGCCUCUGCCCCUUGGAGGUGUUUACUUGAGAACUUGGGAACAGUUCUGGGAGCAGAGAACAACUUUUGAAACUAGUAGAAGGUCUUGGCAGUCACUCUUGCAUCAGUAUGUUCAGCGACGCAGUGUCAGUUACAGUACAUCAUAGUGGAGCACUGCUCUGCAGUUAUGAUGGGGUUCUUUGCAGCAUGAAGCUGGGACUCAACUUGUAGGAAACACCUAUUGUAUUAAACAGUUAUACCUGUCAAGCAGUUGACUUCAUGGUGGUGGCUACAUUUUUGUGGAUAUAUUUAAUGGUCAUGGUUAUGUUUGUUUUUUACUUAUUUAUUUCUAGAAUUUUCCAGACCAUGGUAGACCCAGAAUAACUGAAACCACAGAAAGCAAAUCAGCAGAUGAGGGUAUAGUUAACAGAAAGACCAAAUGAGCCUAUUUACAUUAGUGACACAGAUGUUUUUAAGCAAUACCUCCCUAGAGUUUCUUUGAAGAUGUUGAACCCCAAAAGCAUUUGUUUGUAUGCUUCUCUUCUUCACGUUCAGGUAGUCCCCCAAAUAUACAGCAGUUUCCGGGCUGUUCACAGUUCCAGUUUCUUGGAGUAUUUUAACGAAAGAGUAUCUGCAGUGCCCAAGUAGUAAUCCUAGCCAGUGGCUUUUUCCCAUAUUUGCUUUUCAUAAUGGGAUGCUGUUUUUGCAUUCUGUUUUGUCUGCAGUGGCCUAUUAACCCUUCCUCCCGCACCCCCUUUAUAGGGGCUCUUUUCAUUCUUCUAAAUGGGGAGAUACCCUUUCUGUUGAAUUUUGUCUUUCUUUAAAUUAGCAACAUUAGUUAUGAAUUUCUCCUUCACAGUGCUAGUAAUUUCCUCAAUUUAACAACGUGAGAACUGAAGGACCAUGCUAUCUAUCACAUUUAGGCGAAUGAUGGUUUUCACAGUGGAUUUGAUUCCAUAGAGACUCCUUAGGGUUGGCCUUGGAAAUUGGAGGCUGGUGAUAUUCCCACUGAUUUUGGCUUAACCAGUGGCAGCUUCAUUUUAAUUCCACGUAGACUUCUUUAAAAAAAAAAAUUUAUUGCUUAAAAAAAAGGCUUGAAAAGUUUAUAACCACUAGUUAAAAUGAGAAAAACUGGAUUUCAGUCCACUUUUUGGAAUAACUCUGCUUAUGUUCUUUUCUCAUCCCACUUUAAGAAACUUUCCUGAUUAGGUUUGAACUAAUUAUGCUAAUUAUACAUUUUGGUAUAAAUUUCUUUCAUAAACAUUUAUCUAUGCCUGUUCUUUACCCAACCAUUGCGAUAAGCAUUGAGCAAUAAAAAGAUGGCUGGGAUUUGGUCCUUACCCUCAAGCUCUGCUUAGUCUUGUGGGAGUUACUUUCUUUCUCUGGACCUGUCACUUUGCAAGAAGAAAAUCUGCCUAGUUUUUCUUGAAAGCUAGCCAGUCUUAUUCUGUACUCUUCCUCUUAUUCUGUAUUCCAAGUUUAUAUUUGCAAGUUGUUGAAUACCUAGGGUGGUUUUUGUUUUUGUUUUUGUUUUACCUUAAACCGUAUCCAGUUUUGCUUAUCAGUCUUUUAACAUUGUCAGAGUUUCUCCUUUGUUAAAAUUAUUGUAAUUUCAGUUUAUUUGUACCUUUAUUGUCAGUUUCGUCAAGACUCAUACUUUGAAGGUGAAAUACAGUCAGUCUAGUAUCUUGCUAGUUGAAAUCAAACGAAAGAGUUUGUAUACCCAGUUGGUUUCUCUACCUCUUCAAAAACUGUCUAAAUAUGCUUUUAGGAUCCUUCUGUCUUUUAAAAAAAUAACAUUACUUUGAACAUUCAUUCAAUAAUAGGAACACUCCUGGUUGAUGGUGGGAUAUAAAGUAACACAAGACAAUCUUUCCUGCACUUAAAAUUUGUCUCAUGUGCAGCCCUUGCUUUCACAGCCAGACAUUCCAGUUUCACAGUUUGCCCCACUCCAUUACCACCAGCACCCCUACCGCCACGUCCCGUAUCUCUUUAGAUAACUGAGUAGUCUGUGGACAUAGAAACACACAGUCUUUUUUUUUCCCCACUCUGAUCUAAUGCAUUGAUGUCUAGACAUAACAAAUUAUUGCCCAUUUUCUUUCCUCCAUGAGCUUUACUUUGCUAAAUCCUUCAUAUUUAUCAGCUGACUUUUAUUCUUUCUCCCCUUCUCUUGACAUGUGUCCCUAAUGGUUUUACCAGCUGCCCUCUUCCUUGCCAACCAUGUUUUAUCUGCAUACAUCAGAAUGUUUCUCCUUUGACUUUUUUAUUAAAGACCAAAAUGGAUGGUGCUGUUCAUACCGAGGGCUCUAAUUUCUGCAUGAAGGUUGAUGUUCAAAUUGGUCAACCACUUGACAGGAGAACUUCUCUCCAGUUUAAUGUCUUUGUGACUAGCAAAUAGCAGAUUCUAUUUCAACGUAUGUUUAGGAUUAUGAACUUUUCUGGCAGGUGCAGCCAGUGAUCUUCCUACAAUACUAGCCCUGUUUCCUCCUCGCACCAUAUUGGACAAUCAAGAGUAACGAUCAUAGUGUGUGGUCUCUAGAGGUCGUCAGAAUCCUACUAUUGAGUUCCUUUCAUAUCUUCCUUUUCAAGCUUUCCAUGAAUAUUUUGUCUGUUCAGACUACUUUUAUGUAUGGGGAUUGAGGGACAAAUGAUCUCUUGGUGUGGAAUUCCUGUGUUUGUAGCCUCAGCCAGGAAAUGGGAACUAUACUAGAUCUAGAUGGCCUUUAUGAGAAGAACUUGUCUAACAUGGUCACAUAAUUUCUUGAGUAGGGUCUGUUUUAUCUUGGAUAUUAUAGCUAACUUUAUAGAUAGAAUAACUGCCUUAAAUCUUCUUAGUAGGAAAUAAACUGUAUAAUGUGUGUGUAUGGAUUUAUAUAUACAUACAUGUACACUCAUAGAAAAACCUUAACAGUAAGGAUCAUUCAUCUGCAUAUAUUUUUAAAAUGUUGAAUGCUUCUGUUGUUUCACUAAAAAAUUCUUAAUUUGCUUUCAGACAUUUUCCUUUCAUGGACAGACCAUCAGAGUAUAAUUAUUUUUCUGCCGGAGUCCUAAUUUGGCAAUUCAGUUAGUAUGCCAUUUUAGGUGCAAUGACAAUUAAGAAUCAUAACUGGAAUUCAUUAACAUAAAAUAAAGCUCUGCCAUAUACCCCCUCAUUAAAUAAUUAUACACUCAGUGGUCUCUGGAAGGUACUAACAAUGUUAGAUUGUAGCUCCCCACCCCUGCCCUUAAUUCUUUCCCCUUUGGUGUAGAUAACUGCUUAAGACACCCUGGGAAGUACCACUACCAAGUUAAGUUGUCCUGUAUUAAGGGUAGCCUGAAGAUGGUACAGACCUGAUUUUCUUAGCUGUGCCCAACAGAAGUGGACUUUCCAAUGUACUUUGGGCCAUCUCUAAUUCACAGAUCUGACUAGAGUAUAUUAGCCUCAGUUAAUUUCAGUAUCAAUUGUUUUGCUGCUCUGAGAUCCAUAAUAGACUAAAUUUCACCAUUAGUUGAGAUGUAAGGACCCCUUGAAAGAAUAAUGCCACUGAUAAUGGGAGUGAGAAGGAUUUAUUAACUGUACACAAAGGACUUUUAGAUUUUUCCUGCAAAAAAAAUUCCCUAAAAAUGAUGUUCUGCCCUCCAAGGCAGGGGGGGGAAAAGCUCUUAAUUUCUCCAAAAUUUCCAGUUUGCUCUUUUGAGUUGGGAAUAGGGAUUUGCUUCCUAUUUCUAAUAAAAAGAUAAUUUAUGGAAUAAUGAAAUCCAUAAUAUAUUGAUGUUAAGAACAAAAGUAAAGUUUUAGAAUUAUAAAAAUAACAUUUUCCAUUUCACACUCUACUGUUCUUUCUCCCUCUGGCUUUAAAGCUUUUGGCUAUUUUACAGUGUUAGUCACUAGAGAACUUGCCAUAUUUCUGGUUCUAAAUUAAGUUCUACCCUUUACAAUGCUGUAGCAUAGAGUUGGUUCUAAACAUUUGUAGGAAUAGAAGUCCUUCUAAAGUCUUUUCUUCCAAAGAGAGAUUCCUUUUCUGAAUAAGUCCCUAAAAAAAUAUCUGCUUGUCACUUUCAUCAUUAUUCACAAUUCUUGGAUUGUUCAAACAGAAAAAAAAUACUGGUGAAAGAAUAGGGCCUUUUUCUCCUGAAUGUAUGUACCUGCUUAAGAAUGUAGUAAUUUGUUGGUUUAUGUAACUAACAUAUACACAGAUUAAACUGGGAGAAAUAAUUAUCAUAUAUGUAGCAAGUAGGUAAUAUGCAUGAUUUAAAGUUUUUUUUAAAACCCUAUUUCUUGGCAAAAUGCAGAACCCAAAUUGGUCAUUUCUUAGACCACCUUUACCUCAGGCUUCAUUUUUGCUUUUUUGACCCUGACCUUUAAGGCAUAAAUAUUUGUAUCUUUUUAUUAGUGAUAGUGAAGCUGUGACACUAACCAUUUUUAUACAAGAGGGCAAAACAAGAAAAACUAGAGAGAUUAAGGUGAAAGCAGUUCUCAGUUGUUGAAUAAGAUCACAGCAUUGUAGGCAAAAUAAAAAUUUUGUAUCUGAGAAUAUUCUUUUUGACAUUUUCCCCCAAGGCCAGACCUUCUGGUGGAGGGAGCACUAUUAAAAUUAACAUAAUUCAGGGCCUUUGUAUCUGAGGGAAAUAAUCUCCAGUUGGUAGUCUUCUUUUCAAUAUAUGAAGCAAGAAUGUGGGAAAUAGCUGGCAACAAGUAUUUUCACCUAAAAAUAGAAUAUGAAAAGACAUAUAAAACUGGAUUAUUCAUUUAGCUCUGAAAAUUUCAAAAAGAUACAGCAAAAUACUGUAUAACCGGACAAAAACAGAAUCGUUAGAGGAUUUGUCUGAAAACAGGUUGCAGGGAUGAACUUAUAUACAUUGCUCACAAAUUUGCUUAAGUACCACCAACUGUUCUUAAAGUUGACACCAUUAAAUAAGAUAUUUAUGGACUUCAUAGGAAUUAGCCAUUAGCAAGUGCCCAAAAAAUAUUUUUGAGCUGAUGCCCACAUAAGUAGACUUAUGCUCUUGAAAAAUUAUCUUUUCUCUAGAGUUACCAAGGGAGGAGUGUUGUUUCUAGGGGGAGCAACUGCCCUGGGGUGCCUGGGACUGGGAUCCACUGGAUGUGGCAUUUCCAGCGCCAAACCCAGCAAAGUCCCAGGCAUCCCAGGAGAAGCUGAUCACCCCAGGUAUUCUUGUGAUUUCCCCAUACUCCCUUAAAUGCUGUAAUAGUUGUGGUGAAAUUCAGCUGCCCUGUGGCUGUCAGUGUUUCUGAUACUUGGAUAUGUGCCCUUCAAUCACUUAUUACUAUGGAUGGAAUGUGAACUUCCUAACAAUAGCUAGUGACACCAGCAUGGUGGUGAGACUAACACUUAGAAAUCCAAGGAAGGUAACUAGUGGUUUAAUGAGGUAGAGAAGAGGCAACUAGAUAGCUAAGUUUUUCAGAUCCUGUGUGUAUAUGUAAGUACAAAUCACACUUUUAUGGGGUUAAAGUAAUCUGAAACUUAAAUUUUUCACAAUGAAAAUUGGUGGUGUGGAUUUCUUCUCUCUUGAGGGAAAAUACGGCCUGUGAUGCUCUGUCCUCUACUACAUUCCCCAGACUAUCCUGCUCAAAAAGCCAGAAUUGUGGUGUUAUAUAUAUAUAUACAUUGUAUUGAGAUUACUAAAUGCAUCAGCCACUGGCAAGUGAACGAGUUGGUGUCCUGAUCCAGACUGAGCUGUGCCCUCAGUUCUGAUGGCCUCCUACUCCUCAGGUGCUUACCAGCUAGAACACCGACCAUGGGAGGUGAGAUUUUUCUAAUACGGCAUUAAUUUUGUAAUGCAAUGUGAUGGAUGCAGAGUCUGUUCUUGUUUCCCUGUGGUAGUCCUCAGAGACUGCAUUCUCUGUGCACUGUGAUGUAGACGGUAGAUGUGUUCUUUGUAAGCUUUAAUCCUAUGAUUGUCAAAAGUACAAUGUUCCAUUUUUUUAAAAUUAAACAAUAAGCUGAGGCUUUAUUGCAGCUGGUUUUCAAUUUAAAAUUGUGAAAUACUGAUUUUCUUUCCCCCUACCCACACCAAAUAUUUUAGUCUAUUUAAAGUACAAAAAAAAAAUAGUUUUACUUAAGAAAACAUUGCUUAAAUGUUCUGUGAUUUCUGGUCAAUUUUUAUAUAUAUUUGUGUGUGUCUGUACGUGCUUUCACUUUUUACCUUGUUUGCUCUCUACCUGUGUUAACAGUACUUUCACCUUUGAAAGGUCAGUUUUUCCUAGCAUUAAAACAAAAAGCCAUUUGA